AUGCAGGUAGGCUAUUUCGAUUCAAUUCUCAUAGCUGUUAUUAUAUUUCAUCAAGUUCAGGCCCCCUUUACAAAAGUGGAGGAAAGUUUUUCCAUUCAAGCAAUCCACGAUAUUUUGAAAUAUGGUAUUAGUGAUAUUUCACAAUAUGACCAUUUGCAAUUCCCUGGUGUGGUUCCAAGAUCAUUUUUUGGUCCUCUAGUGAUAGCAUUUUUAACCAAACCCUUUGUUUUAAUUAGUGAUUGGUAUAGAAAUUAUUCUAUUAAUCCAUAUACCAGCCUUGAUACACAAAUGCUAGCAAGAAGUAUGAUUGGUAUGCUAAAUGGUUUGUCUAUAUUAUAUUUAAAAAAUUGUGUUCAAGGUAUGUUUGAUAGAGUUGCAGAGCUUAGGGAAGAGCAAGAAAAAAAAAAUAGAGAAGAAACAAGAUCUGUGGUAUCAAGGCCUCCUGAUACAGAUAUGACUACUGUUGGAUCAUGGUUUGUUGUCUUCUGUACCGUCAGUUUCCAUUUAAUGUUUUAUUUUUCAAGACCGUUACCUAAUUUUGUCGUUACUUUCUCCUUGACAAAUGUUUGCAUCGCUUGGACUUUAAUGGGUGAUUAUCAUUGGGCUAUCUUAUUAGGCGGCUUCACUGCCGCUGUUUGCAGAUUAGAAGUUGUAGGUUUAAUAGCAGGUAUUGCACUAGCAUCAGUUUUUCUAAAGCAAAUUUCGUUGGUAAGAGCUGUUCAAUAUGGUGUAUUUGGGGGCUGCCUAGGAUUAAGCAUCUCUUUUGCCAUCGAUUCUCAUUUCUGGGGUCAAAGAUGUAUUCCAGAACUUGACGCAUUUAUUUUUAAUGUUAUCGAAGGUAAAUCUAUCCAAUGGGGUUCAGAACCAUUUUUAUCUUACUUCACUCGUUAUUUAAGAAUGAUAUUUUUACCACCAACUGUUUUAUUAUUAAACUACUUGGGAUUUAAAAUUGGUCCAACAAACCUACAUAUCGUCGGUUUUGCAUCUUAUUUCCAUAUUUUAUUCAUGUCAUUUCAGCCACAUAAAGAAUGGAGAUUCAUUGUUUAUUCUUUACCUGGUAUCAUCUUAUUGGGUUCAACAGGUACUGCCUAUCUUUGGGAAAACGUUAAUGCCCAAGGUACUUUUAGAACUCUAUUAACUUUACUAUUGCCCUUAUCUGCAUUGUUUUCCUUUUUAAUCUCUAUUGUGUUUUCAAUUAUUUCUCAAAUGAAUUAUCCUGGAGGGGAUGCUUUAGCCAAAUUAAAUCAAUAUUUUAUUGAUAAUAAUAUUAGAAAUACUACUGUUCACCUUUCUGUUCCUGCUUGUAUGACUGGGGUUAGUUUAUUUGGACAAUUGGACUAUGAUGGGUUUGGUAUCAUCUAUGAUAAAACCGAAAAACCAGAACAAUUAAUAGAAUUAUGGCCAUCCUUUGAAUAUUUAAUUAUGUCUGAACCAAGUUCAGAUCUUUUCCCUGCAGAAUUGAAUGAUACGGGUAACUGGGAAAUCAUCAACACUACAACUACUUUCAGUUAUGUGGAUUCUUCUUUCUUAAUGAAGAUUUUGUUCACUGAAAAUAAAAAUAUUUUCCGUACUAUCAAAGAUGUCGUUGAUAGUGAAGUAAGUUGGCACGAUAUUAUUCACAAGACCUUCGUCUCUUCAGAGAUCUUAUAUACUUAUAAGAAAGCUGCUACAGCUUAG